AUGGUUCAAGGGGGAAUUGAUCCAUAUGCAUCACUCGCGGCAGCGUCUGGUGCAUUUCCUAUGCAACAACCCGGACAAAUGGCUGCGAUGACGCUUAAAAUGGCCAAUCACCAGCAACCAACUCUAAUGCCGGCUACAGUGGCUGCACCUCAAAAUACAGCUCCACUUCCACCACAGGUGGCUGUAGAAAGUGAUCCACCGCUGCCACCUAUUGCAUACUCACCCCCGACUGGGCUUAACAUGUCCAUGGCGUCAUCUCAACAACAACAGCAGCAUCAGCAGCAACAUCAGCAGCAACAACAACAGCAGCAGCAGCAGCAACAACAACAACAACAACAACAACAACAGCAGCAGCAGCAACAGCAACAGCAGCAGCAACAACAACAGCAGCAACAAUCUGUUGGAUUAACUAAGUCUGAACAACAACAAAUCACAGUUACUACGGUAUCACAACCGUUGGAAUGUACUAAUGCCACAAAUGCGUUGACUACACCGGUGUCAGUAUCUGUAGCCUCACCAACGAACAUUACCAAUGUUGGCGCUGGGUCCCCUUGUUCAUCUAGCGAAGACAAAAAUAUCCAAUCAAAGAGACUUCAUGUAUCAAAUAUACCCUUUAGAUUUAGAGAGCCUGACUUGCGUGCCAUGUUUGGGCAAUUUGGACCAAUUCUAGAUGUUGAAAUUAUAUUUAAUGAGCGUGGAUCAAAGGGAUUCGGUUUUGUAACGUUUGGGAAUAGCGCUGACGCUGAUGAGGCUCGCGAACAUCUUCACGGAACAGUUGUUGAAGGCAGAAAAAUAGAGGUGAACAAUGCAACAGCUAGAGUGCAGACUAAAAAAGUAGCUGCUCCUUUGCAAUUACCGAAUGUAUUACUCUCUAGAAACGGAGUAUUGCCGAACCUUGUUUGUGUUCAGUGGCCUGAGGCCGCCGCCGCAGCACUUAGAGGGGCAGCUAUACAACGUGGACGAGCCGUGGCGGCCGCGAAUGCCGUCAGGAACGCGGCCGCGAUGGCUGCAGUGGCCGCGGCAUCCAACGGCGGGUUCCCGUCGGUUGGCAAUCCAGGAUUCAACACCGCCAGACUGCCGGCGACCAGCAUUGCCGUCACGCCCAACCCGUUACAGGCCAUCAACUCGGCUCCCGGUACUUACGCUCCUGGAGUGUACUAUGAUCCAUUCCUGGCAGCUCAAGCUGCAGACAAUAACUACAGGUUACAGGCAGGAGCAGUCAAUGAGGUAGCUGCCGCAGCAGCAGCCGCGUCGCCCCUACUUAAGGCCGCAGCCGCAGCCCAAGGGACUCCUGCGUUGUCGUCCGCCGCAGCGGUGGCCCAAGCGCAACAGGCGUCCUACGUUGCCGCCGCCACGUACACGGCCGCAGCGGCCAGAGCGUACAACGCGGCGGCUGCAGCCGCCAACAAUCAGAUGGCCAACCCGGCGGCCGCCGCCGCUGCUACGUACACGGCGUUGCCAGCUGGGUGA